AGUGGCUUGCAGGAGGCGUAUUUCUCAAGAUUCGAUUCCGACAGAAAGGAUACUUACCCCAAUGUGAAAUAUCUACGAAGGUAUUCGUAUUCUACUACUUUCUACUUCGUCGAAAGAACGUGGCCGCCCGCCCCGUCACACCGUAGUACUACUAGACCAGAUUUCGAAGUUGCAGACACUCGUAGUACCAAUCAACAAAAUUAUCCUCCUCAAUACAUUUUUCUAAGGUUAUUUCCCGCCUUCUUCCCUCAACAUCUACAUCUACUCUUCCAAACAAAGUCAAAAUGCAGUCGCCUCGGAAAAAGAAGGUUAUGGUCAACACUUCUCCGAUGGUUUUUCAUCAUCUCUGCAGCUCUGUCGCACUGACGGCAACUGUGUGGCUGAGUGCAAGUCCAACCUCGACUUUAAUCUCCGCAACGACCUCCUCUUCCUCUUCCAAACGAAGGCCUGCUUCCAAAUCCGCCACUUCUCGAAUUCUGCCCAACCCCCUCCAAGAGCCGGAGAAAUGUGGGGCGAUCAAACAAGGCUAUCGGGUGUGCGACCUCGAUGGGCUGUUUCACCCGAUUGAGUUGGAGAGGGUGCAGCACGCAAUCACCGUGGCGAGUGGGAAGCCUGGCGCAGAUGGUGGGAGGGACGAAAAGGGAGGGGACACGAAUAAGGGAGAAGAUUCUCAAGCCCCCGCUGCCGGAGUAGAUCAUGCGGCCGACGCAGCUGGUGCCUCGUCAUCUGGGGCGGGUAAGGCACCACCGGACGGGGCAGAUGCGCGCAAGGAGGGAGAUGCUUGUAUCAAUCCUUUUCCUCAGUUUAUUUUGUCAUAGCUUUGUCUCGAACAUGUUGUACAAACGGUUUUCUGGCCGUCCUUUUAUCUUUUCACAAAUACGAAGAGCCUUUGCAUUUUUGCCCUACUCCGAAAACAAACUUGAGGUCGCGGCGUGGAGCUGGCCAUCGCGGUGAGAGAAUACGAAGAGGAUGCGUCGACCGCCUGCCGGCAAACCAUGGACUCCUGGCAGGUCGGGGACAAGCACUGCCAGAACGGCGUCCUCAUCUUUCUCGCGACGAAGUCCCGGCAAGUGCACAUCUGCACGGGCAGGGGGGCGAAAAAAACCGUGUUGCCCGACAGGAAGGCGGCGAAGGUGGUGGAGUUGAUGAAGCCUUUAUUAAAAGAAGAGGAAUACCCCAAGGCUUUGGAGGCCGCUUGCGGCCGGAUUUGGCGUUACGUCUUGGAUCAGUCCGUCGAUGGGAGUAGUCGUGGUAGUAGUUCUACCGGGGUGGACGAAACCGGAUCGGAGGACGAAGAUGACAAUUGGGUGUUUCUCAUCGGGAUUUUCUUCUGGGUUGCACUGCUGAUCUACCGGCACUUCCAGCAGAGCCGGCUGAAGUCGAGUUACGACUUGUGCAAAAAGAAACUGUCGAAAUUGCAGCAACAAAGAGCAGAGGCAAAUGCGAAGAAGUAAGUACUUGGUUUAGUCGGUUUUUGUCCUUCAUCUUUUCAUACUUCUGUGUACUACAAUGAAUUUUUUUUGCCAACCAGAAAACGUUCAUCGAUCGUAUCCUGGUCGUGCGAUCAGCACUAGUAAGCUAUUGAAGAUGUUUCUUCAUGUCAUCAUCAUCAUCAUCAUCAACCCUCUCAGGUUCGACACGCUGAAGGGUUCCUGCCCGAUUUGCCUGGAAGAGUUCAAAACCGGAAGGAGGACCAGAAAAAAGGGACGACCUCCAGCUUCGACCCACGAGGAGGAGCAGGAACCAAUAAUACAGGAGCUCGACGACCCGGUUGAUGUUGAAGGCACCACCAGCACCGCAACUGUGGUCCGCAAGCGGCAGACCCCGGAGAAGAGAAGGAGGAAAAAAAUCACGGCGGACGUAUGGCGUUCUCAAACGUUUUUACAUUCUCAACUGUUGCAUGAGUUUGUAUAUGCAAGAAUAGCAUUGGUGAGAGGGGGAACCUUGCGCGUCUUGCAUUACAGAUAUGGUGCGAGUUCUAAUGCUAUUUAGCCCUCCGAGAAUUUGUCAAUGCGAAGCAGCUGGGUCGUCUGGUGGCUCGUGGUCAUUUUGCAUGACAAAUCAUGUAACAGCUGAGCGCGUAACAUUUGAGAGCCCCAUAGGACGGCGACGAAGUGAAUGUCGCGGACUACGACAGCGACGACGACUAUGGAUGUGUCAGGAUCGAAAUCGACAAAAUCGAAAAACUUGUGAUGCAUAAAAUGCAGGGCACUCAAGCCCUGUGUUGGGGAGCAGGCAAAUGAGACCGAUUGUGAGCCUGUUUAGGGGUAUGCAAUGUGCUGCCAGAGUAGCAUGGCAGGAGCAGUCUUCUUUGCCCAAACAGCAUUACAGACUGGAUUUGGAUGCUCCCGAAAUUUGUCAUGCGCCGCUUGGAAACUGAGGCCCCAACUGGUAUCGAUUUUAUGCAUCACAAAUUUUUCGACUUUGUCAAUUUCGAUUCUGACACAUCCAUAACGACGCCUAUCUCGUAGAGCCCGAAGACGCGGCGAAUGAGGAGGAGGAGGAAGGAAGCCAUCAAAGUGUAGGAACUAGUACAAGCAGUGGUGGACAACGACAAGGGCACCAGCACGAUGCAGACGAGGACCCAGAAGAUGCCUCGGAUGACGCAGCGGACGAGAUCAAAAUUCUCACCUGCGGUCACGCGUUCCACGCGGCGUGUUUAGACGGGUGGGAGCGGAGCUCUUCCCUCUGCCCGGUGUGCCGCGCCCCGCAAGAGCAGACCUUAGAUGCGACCACGGGGCAGCAGAUUGCGGUGCGCGAUACAACUGGGACCACGAGUUCCUCUUCUAGCUCCACGCCCGCGGACAUUCUCGCCGGCGCGGUCCCGCAAAGUAGGCAAGUAUCGCUGCACCGCGACUACCUGUUCCGGAUGAACCGGUUGCGAUUGAUGUACCCAGACUACGUCACCACCUCGUUAGUCGACCGCUGGACUGCGCCAAGCUUUUCGGGAAGCCCGUUGGCAGAUGUGGAUUUCGUCCGGUCGCAGCCGGGGUUCAACAGCGGUGGGGGAAACAGUAGCAAUUUCGGGACGGGGGGAGGAAGUUCUGGGUCCUGGAUGUCGUCCUCGAGCUCCUUCGGCGGGGGGAGCUCGUUCGGCGGCGGCGGGUCGGGAAGCUCGUGGUAGAAGAUUAAGAUGGUAAUGAAAGAAUGCUGCAGUUGUGUGCUGUUUUCGAAAUCGAAAUCAACAAACUCCGCUUCGAGGAGCCACGACGUCUCGUCCCACGACCUGUAUCUAAAAAAAUAGCGACUCAUAUUCCGGCAUUGAAUUGGACUGCUUACGGAAUCUGUUAUGCCCGAACGUCAUAUGUUACAGAAACAUGUUGGGCACCAGAUUACCGCCAGCUAGACCAGCGAGAUGAAGACGUCAUUUAUCUCAAAAGAGACAGCUUGCUCAAGAAAUAGCUCUUGUCUUGCCCGUUUAUUCAGUCACGAAACACUGAACAGACUGCAC